AUGGCAACCAUGGGUCCCAACAGCGUCGCCCGAGUUGUGACCUUCACCCCCAAGCCCGAAAAGCUCGAAGAAGCUCUCGCUGAAGGGGCUAAGUUCGCUAAAGUUGUCGAGGAUUCCGAGCCCGGGUGUUUAAUGUACAAAGUUUCGAAAACUAAACCAUUGACGGGUGAUGGUCCAGAACAAAUUGUUAUGGCUAUGGUAUUCAAAGACGAGGCAGCAUUAAAAGCCCAUGAGGAGAGUGCGCAUGUUCAAGCAUACAAGGCUGAUAGUAAGGCAGCAGAUUUCUUAACUGCACCACCUGAUGCUAGAAUUAUUACUCCUGCUGGAGGAUUCACCAGGGCUUAA